AGUAAGGGGACAUCACUCUAAUAUCUCAUGUAUGUCCAGCAUGGGAAUCGGUCGCCUGCACUGAAACUGUCGAAGCAUGAUCAGCUCAUUCAGCUGAUGACUGUCUUCGAAUGUAAACGGUAACAGCCUUCCUUCCAUGAUGAAGUUUGACUGGGGGCCAUCUUUGUUCCGACGCCUCAGUGGAGUUUUCUGUGUCUACAAGCCGACUGGUCCCCCGGUGCAUAAGGUCCUUGAGAUCAUCCGAGGCAAUCUCAACAGAGACAUCAACGCUUUGCCAUGUUACAAGUACGAGCGGAGGAUUCAACGAGUGAAGGCUAACACGGAGGAGAAGCUGCCGUCCCUGUCGUCACUGCCAGUAGACGCAGAUAACCUGGCUCAGCACAGGCUCACCCUGGGGCCACGAUACAUCCCAGAGGAUUUUGUACUGGAACCACUCCAUGGCCUGUCUCGACAUGCUGCAGGUGUUCUAGUGAUUGGUAUGGGACGAGGCUGUGAAUAUCUGGAACACAUUGCCCUUGCCAGGUACCUGAGGGUGUAUCAUGUGAGGGGCAGGUUUGGCUGGGCCACAGACAACUACAGCCCCAAGGGGAAAAUCCUCGAGAGAACAACUUUCCACAACAUCACCAAGCCCAAGUUGGACAAAGUGUGUGCCGCAGCUCAGGCUAACCACACCAAGUACAUGUUUGACUAUGCUGGUGUCCGGUCUGACAGCCAAGAAGCGUACACGCUUGCUGCCUCUGGACUGGUGCGUCCGGAGAAUGGGAAGACGCCCCCCAUUCUAUAUGGCGUGAAAUGUAUAGAGUUUAACCCUCCUGACUUCACACUGGAGAUCCAUGCCAUCAAUGAGAAAUGCACAUAUUUAAUGAACUUCAUCGGCGACGUCGGGUUGAGCCUCAAAUCAACUGCAGUAUGCACACACAUCCGACGUGUCCGCUAUGGCCAUUUCGAGUUGCAGCAUGCGUUGCUGCGGAAGCAGUGGACAGCUGAACACAUCCUGGACAACAUCCAAUCCUGCAGCAGUUUGCUGUCAGUUGAUAAGUUAGCCACAAGUGACAGUGUCCGCCAUCUCGAUCAAGAUGGCCGACAAUACAAGCAGUUGGGGUAUGGAAGGGAGGGACUCACAAGAGACAGAUUGAAAGGAGGGAACAGAAAAUUGUUGUCCAGUUGAGAUUUGUGAUGUGUACUGUGGACUCUUGUAUGACAGAUAGUUGCAAGCUCCUCGCAGCGAUAGCCCGUUCACAGAGCUCUCUAUACUAUCGCUGCCACCAGUUAAAACUCCCCACAGUGAUAGAUGACCACGACCAUGCUUGGAGUUGAACUCUCAGCCGAUUGACCAUCAUGUUUACAAACAAGUGACGACUGUUGUGACGCCGAAUACACUUACCCCUGUUAAAUUACUUUCUUUGUUUGUCAAUUUGAAUUUCUAUUUCAUUAAAACUUUCAUGUAAUUGAUAAAGUGAGAAUGUAAGAAUGUAAGAGAGAAGUUAGUUGAUUUUCCGUUAGUCCGCAUACUCGAACCAAUCUGAUUAUACAAACAACAAAGUAAAUUCAUCUGGUAAACAUGGUCACUCGUAAACGUUUUCAAAAUGAGCUAUGAUGGCAUUCCCAAACACAUAAAUGAAAGUAUGAAUGUGACUACAUUUGGGGUUAGAGGGCAGAUUUCAAGAUUCUUGUAAUGGCCGCGCCCACACUGGUGGCAGCGAUGUUACCGAGAGUGUAACGAAAGUGUCAUGCCCUGGGAAGGAGCUUGAGAUAGUUGGAACAAAGGGUGGUAAUCGUGAUAAAUUUCAUUUACGUGUUUUCAAAUUUGCAGGCAAAUGGGAACACUUAAUGUUUAUCAAAAUUGAAAGGUAUGACAUGAACUUGUCGGCUUUGAAAUAAAUGUUGGUAAAAUAGG